AUGGCCCUUGUAGCUUCUCAAUUCAAGCUCAACACAGGAGCAACCAUUCCUGCUGUUGGCCUGGGUGGGUUUAUUCCUAGGAACGAAGAAAGAACACAGAAGGAAUGGCUAAUUGUGUAUGCGAAGGUACCUGGAGGUCGGAGCCCGGCGAAGAUUUAUGGUAAUGAAAAUGAGGUUGGCCAAGGUAUCAAGGAUAGUGGUGUGCCUCGUGAGGAGAUAUUCUUGACGAGCAAGCUAUGGAACACCCACCAGCCCAACGUUAAAGAGGGUCUACAAAAGUCAUUAGACGCCUUGGGCACAGACUAUCUCGAUCUUUACCUCAUCCACUGGCCGGUGCGCCUAGUCCCUAACGAAUCUAGCGAGCUUCUCCCCGUGAAUCCGGAUGGCACACGAUCUGUUGACCGAGACUGGGACCAAAGUGAAACUUGGCGCCAGAUGGAAGAGGUUUACAAAUCUGGCAAAGUCAAGGCCAUUGGAGUCGCCAACUGGUCGAUUCCUUACCUAGAGAAACUGAGCAAGACUUGGAAGGUCGUCCCCGCAGUCAAUCAGGUGGAGCUACACCCUUUCCUGCCUCAGCACAAGCUCCGGGAGUACUGUGCAAAGCAUGAUAUAUUGCUAGAGGCAUAUUCUCCACUCGGAUCAGCAGGCGCACCUAUCAUGUCCGACGACAGUAUUCAGGCGGUCGCAAAGAAAUACGAUGUGUCCCCUGCUACGAUUCUGAUCAGCUACCAUGUUAACAAGGGAGUGGUCGUCUUGCCAAAGUCUGUACAUGAGAAGAGGAUCAUCAGCAACAAGACAGUCAUUGAGUUGUCUGAUGAGGAUAUAGCGCUACUGGAUGAUCUGGCUGCCAAAGGCAAGGCAAAGCGCAUCAACACACCGUUGUGGGGAUGGGAUCUCGGCUUUGAUGACUGGUAUGGUCCCUCAGCAAGUUCCCACUAG